CAAUCGCUGACCAUGUUACAACACAAUAAUCUGACCUUAAAUGAUCAAACGUUGUUACGGUUCACAGUACAAAACGACAUCCACUGGUGAAUAUAUAUGUAAAUAUGUAGUAGGCUAUCUGUAUAUAGAUACCAUACGUGUUGCAAUAGUUUGAAGAAAACAUGACAAGUCCGACGACUGAAUAUAUACUUAAUGUGGCCAGAUAUGUGUCCCGGCUUGACUCGUUCCCUAUAUUCUGUGGGUAUGUGCUGAUGGUACUGCUGGCUGGACAAUGGAAGAAAUUUUUCAAACCUCUAAACCUCAGGCCUGUUUUAGUGAUCUACAACCUAACUGCAAGUGCUAUCAGCUUUUAUACGCUGUAUGGGAGUGCGGUAGCCUUGAUCAACUCAGAAUCAACUUUCAGCCGGCAGACAUCAGAACAACUUCAGUUUACCUACAAAGUUUACUGGUUUGCUAAAACAUUAGAACUGCUCGAUACUGUUUUUAUGGUGUUACGUCAUAAACAACGUCAGAUUUCUUUCCUGCACGUGUAUCACCACAGUAGUAUGCUCCUACUUAGCGAUAUGACCUACCAUUCUUAUCCAUACGUUGCAAUUAGUUUAUAUUUAGGACUAAAUUCCGCAGUGCACGUGCUACUAUACUUGUAUUACGGGUUGAGUGCACUACAUCCGGAAAAUCCUCCGCAGUGGAAAGAAUUCCUAACUCAGUUUCAAAUAACUCAGUUUGUCAUUGAUCUUGUACAUGCAACAAUAGGUUACAUGUUUUAUAAUUACUGUAUUUAUGGAGUGUUUUAUUGUAUUGCAAUGAUAAUACUGUUUUCAAAUUUUUAUAUAAAAGCGUACUCCAAACAAAGUAGUCCAUCAAAUAAAAGAAAGGGCAUUUAGCAUAAACUUUAAAUGAUUGUUACAUUUUUAAGUUUUGAAAUAGUUGAUGUAUAUUUCUUUAGGUUAUACCAACGUUUUUGUCUUAAACAUUUAGUCACAAAUUUGCCAAAAUCUAGACAAGCCAAUGAGAAUGCUUGCUAAAUCAACGAGAUUUACUGGGAGUGUUCUUCAACUUCACUUGCUUUCCCAUAUGUGUAUUAGAAGUUUGUUUAGCUAGCUAACUGUCGGUUGCAUUUACACAUUUGUUAUAAUAAAAGUAACAAUAUGUAUGAUACAUAUUAAAAUAUUGUGUCUCUAAUUGGCUACUUUCCAAAGCAACAACAAAUACAACUUUUUAAUAAAAUUUUUAUAAAAUG